AUGGAGAUAAAAGAGUCUAGCGAUAAUGAUAUUCAGUUGAUGGACCUCCGACAGCGAUUUGAAACUUUUAAUGAGUCGAUCAACCUCGAAGGAAAGAGAUGUUCGUGGCCUUAUAAAGUUAUUCCUCCCAAGGCUAUUGCGCUAUUGGGAUUUUCUUAUGAGCCUAAAUUUGAUGCAGAAACGAAUUCAGUCAUUCGAGACAGAGUUCAUUGUGUUUUUUGCCGGUGCGCGACAGUAGAUUUCCACGAUUGUCGAAGUAAGACCCUUACAAUGACGCUUUGCAAUGUUCUCAAAAAACAUUUGAGCGAUAAUUCGGGUUGCUUAAAUGCCAUUCUCAAAUUGAAAAUAAUGGAAACGGAAAACGAUUUUGAUUUGAAGAAUGUGGCAGGUUAUAACAACCCUAUGGCGAAAAACUUGGUAGAAUUUCGAGAAACGACCUUCAAGCACAACUGGAUUCACGGAAAUGAAAAUGAAAAUGAAAAUUCACUUUCUGCCUCACGAAUGGCAAACGCUGGUUUAUUUCGGUAUGAAAACAGCAUCGAUACUUCAGGGACGUACGAAAGUUUUCCCGAUGCAACUUUUUGCGUGUACUGCACCAAGGUCAUUGCGUCGUGGGAAAACCAGGAUGACCCCUUAUGGGAACAUUUUAAGUGCUCUGAUGGAGGUGAGUGUUAUUUCUUCCAAGAACACGAUAACAAGUUGUUGAUUGACGAUUUGAAACGACGAUUUCAAGAAGAUCCAACGCGGUAUACUCAAGUCGAGCUGGGCUUGGAUUAUAGGCAACUCUUUCUAAAGCAAAUAAAGCAACUGGAUGAGGAACUUCGAAGCGAUGAGACCAAGUCUAAAAGAGGAAGGCCCAGAAAAGUUGUGAGUGCAGAAGAGAAAGAAGCGCCCAAAGAAGUAAGAAAACGUGGAAGGCCUCGCAAAAAUUCACCGGAUAUUUCAAAUUUGAAUACAGCUGAUGGGAGACCUGAUACCGGAAACUCACGGGAAAUACAAGGAAGCGAGCUUGUUUUUGGGCCAAAAAGGAAAAGGGGAAGGCCGAGAAAAAUCGGCACUGCAAUAAAACUAGAAAGCGUCGAUGAUUCUAAACGUGUCGGAAAUCAGAACAAAUCACCUCAAGAUGUGCCUCCGAUGAUACCUGUCAGUACGUCCAAUUCUAACAAGGGCCUUGUAUCUGGAGUUGAAAAAGCUGGCACAACUGAAGGGAUACCUCUGGAUUCACCGCAGCGGCCAAGCGAGCUUGAAUCCCGAAUUGAGAUAAAAGCUACAAACCCUGAAACUUUGCCUCAAAGACGAGUAAAAUUGAACUCAAGAAGCCGUGGCCAACUUCUAGACGCAAGGGAUGAUCUGGAUAUGCUCGAUUACCAUUCUAAUAAAAGUAUUGUGCUGAAUUUCAAAAGUCGAAACUCUUCGCUGAGAAUUGAGAACACAAACCCAAUUCUAGACGAUAGCUUUGAUGCUUUCAGCUUCAGCACUCAAGGAAACAGUGAAUUUGUGAUACCUGAGAGCGCAUUUAAAUCAAAAUCUCUUGCAAGUCAAACGAAAGAGAUCACAGGAGAUGUGUGCCCCUCUAAUCCUGACGAAGAUGAGCAGGACCAAGCUAGAUCACCGUCGCUUAAUAAGUCCGUUAUGGCCUCGCCUGAUAUCGAUACAUCCAAGGCGAGAAAAUUGGAUGGCAUAGACAUGAAUAUUAAUAUGAGUGAAGAUAGUGAUUCAGAAAAAUCGCUCAAUGCGUAUUCAAGCCCGGUAAAAAGCCCUAUCACUAGUGUUAAUGGUGAACAAGAGGCCCUUCCAAGACAUGACAGCGAUGAGCCUAAAAUCCAUAUUCAGAACAACAUUCGGAACACUGCUCCCAGUGAUCAUGAGCAUGUGGCAAUUCAAACACACAAUGACGACGCUAAAUCAUGUUUGUACCGACCUGAGACACAAGAGGGCAUUGAGGUAGGAAACCAAGAGGCAUUUGAUGGGAACAGUGGCAGAAAAUUUCCAAGUCCUCCCUCAGACCACGUAGCGUUCGAUGAAAGCGAGCUUCAGUCUCAUGGGACGCCUAAAACCUCUUCUCCAAGGCGUCCAGCAAGUAAGGAAGAUGAUUUAACUCCCCGCUCUACCUUUGUGAGAAGACCCGGCCCGAACACUAUUAAUCUGAAUGAUGCCGCCGAAACUCCAACUCGCGCCUUUUCCUCUUCGGCCAAGCACACCAGCGUAGAAUUCAUGCCUAUCACUACACUGAACAACAAGAAAGAAGAUCAUGAAAGUUCUUGGAAUAAGAUGCAUGGCAAUGGUGUCCAAAGCCAUGAGCCCUGGGGAAAGAAUAUUGGAAACAGAGACAUCACAAAGCAUGAAGAGAAUCGCCUCCUUUUGAGGAGUUAUUUGCAUAGGCUUUUGAGAUACAUUAACUAUAAAGAUGCUUCGUUGUCUAACGACAAGAAUGGGGAUCUCCAUUUUUUCUUUAAUAAAAUGCCAUCUGAGGAGCAAGACUUAAAUUUCGUGUCGUGGCUGGAUAACAAAGAACAGGAAUUGAAAAGAAGCUUUGCUGAAGAACUGGCAAAUAAAAUGCAAGCUCUUGAAGAAAAGUUUAGCGAUGCAAAGAAUUGCAUUGAAAGGAUAAGUGACGAUGAAACUCUUGCAGAAGUGGCAAGAGCUUUUAGCGUAUGGCCACCUAAGGAUGUAGAAAACUAA